AUGGAUGAAAACACAGAGACACGUGCCCCAGGACUAAAAGCCCAAAGUGGAGUUCAGAUAGUUGUUCGUGAGUUUGAGGUGGCAGACAAAGCGGAGAUCCGUCGGAUCUUUUCUGAAGGGCUGAUGGAGAUGGUAGUAGACACCGCCUUCAGAGGCCUGAGGCACCAUCCUGAGAGCCUCCUGCUCUACUCUGCUGCAACCGUUGUGUGUUGUGUCGUCACCAUGUGCUGGUGGCUGAUAGGGCUCCUCCCUGCUGUCGUGCUGUGUGGGCGCUACUGCUACAGCAGAUGUGUAAUCAAUGGUUACCUCCAGCAUGCAGUCAGCAGAGACAUGGGAAACAUGGAAGAGUUUUACAUGAAAUCACCAGACUCCCGUCUGUUUGUAGCGGUGCUGCAGGACAGAGUGGUGGGCGUUGUGGCAGCAGUCGGCCAGCAGAAGCCAGGAGGUGCUGUGGAGCUGCGGAGGAUGUGUGUUGACCAGAGCUGUCGGCGGUGUGGAGUGGGCGUGGCGUUGGGGCUAAAGGUCCUGGAGUUUGCUGCCACUCACGGAUACUCGUCUGUUGUCCUGGGAACCACGGCGUACUCUCCGGCGGCCCACCAGCUCUACCAGCGUCUGGGCUUCCGCUGCGUAGGAGUCACCAACGGGUACAUCACACCUGGUGCCAGGAGAUCCUUCCUGACACAGAUUUUCUACAGGGUCCGUCAUCAUCACUACAGCCUCGACGUGCACAACAGAAAGAUCACUUUAAAUGGAGAAGACAGUCGACAAGAGAGAAACUGACUCAUUGGUCGUCUGUAACCCUGACAAACAACCUGGUGAAUAUUGAAUCCUUUCUCAAGAACAGAGUAGCAUGUUGUUAAAGAACCACUGCACCUCUGAGGACUUUUAACUAUACAGACAGUGUUUUACCUCGCUCUCCUACCAACAGUCAACUGUCAUCUUUCUUACCUUUAACCAAGCAGUUUUAGACUGCUUAUGAGUUUUAAAACUUCAGAAUCAGAUCAGAAAGAGACUCAUAUGCUUUGUGUUUCUACUGUUCUCUAGUCUUCUUUGUAAAAGAAAUGCAGGUGCAUAUCACAGAGGCUUAGUACUUGUAAGCAGGUCGCCUGGGUUCCAUCAGUGAAAUUUGUUUGAGGGAAAAGGACCCCAAAAAUAAGGGGAGAUAUGCUUUUGACAAGAAUACUUCUACUGGGUGAUCUUCCGUUUAUUCCGUGUUUUUUUUCGGUCGACUACUCCUCCCAGAGUUUUGGUUGCACAUACACUAAAAAGGUAUCAAAUCGACCGUCCCGGCCAUGACAAGUGUGCGCUGACUUUUCUAAGGGUUUCGGGAAACGGUUUUCAAAUUAUUCGGCAAAAAGACGCGAAGAAAAAUCCCCCCAAUGUUACCCUAUGGAGAGGCUAGAGUGAUGACAUCAUCGCUAGAGUGCAGAGGGAGAGAAAAAAUGUCAAAAAAUACAUUUGGAAACUGGGCUUGAGGUCGCAAAUGCCACUCUACAGAAAUAAUGUAUACAUAGAAACGUAGGAAAAUGUGUCUUCUCCCUCACAUUGGUGUGGAAAACUGUCAGAGUUAUAGUUUGGGCGUAGGACCACAGAUGAUCCACCAACACCACCCACAGCCUCAUAGACCGCCAUGGGAAAAAGGAGGGAACAUUUCUGGAGGAAAGCAGAGGUACCAGUUUCUUCUGAUCGCUCUAAAAAGAAAAUUUCUUUAUUUUUAUUCACAAAACACAUAUGUAGACGUUCAGGAAGAACUCAGGAUGCUCAAAGUGAAGUCGGUUCAAUGAUAGGAGCUACAGUUUGGACUAGAAUGCUUUCUGUUCAAGGGGAAUUUUUUGUUGUUUUUCGCUCCCUGUCAGUGGCUUCACAGGAGCAGUUGAUUUCAGUUGAUUGCUCUGCUCUGAUUGGUGGCUGCCACCUGGCCCUUGUUGCUUAGCUACCUGGUUUAUUAUCUUACAGGACUUCCUCCUCUUUUCCAUGGCUGAGAGUCAAGCACACUCAAAAUAUCUUUUGAAAUUUUCUAGUUAUAUCUUAUAUUUCCAGUCUCUAGUUCUCCCCUUUUCUAUUUUCUCUAUUUUUAUUUUAUUUGACUAUUUAAUUUUACAUAUAUUUAUUUGUUGUACUGAUGGUUUCAUUUAAUUUAUUUAGGUAUAUGGAAUUUAAUUUUACUGUUUAUCUGUUUUUAUUUCAUUGACUCAUUCAUUCUUAUUGACGUCAUCCACCCUGUUAUUGUCUCGUGUGCUUGUAUAAUUUCUAAUUUUACUUCCACUAUACAUGGAUGAGAGAAGGCAGCUGUGGGCGACUGUGAGACUCCUUUUUAUUCUCCCUUUUCAUUUUUUUUUGUUGCUUUUCAUACUUUCUUUGGAGUGAGGUCAGUCGUGAGCUACUUGGAGUCAUUUUGGUUUGGAUGGUGGUUUAUUCUCCUAUCUGCUGUGAUCUCUUUGUGAAUAUAGAGAGCACAUACUAUAUGUUGUUUAUGUUUUUGUUUUGAUAAAAAUCAAUAAAAUCUAUUUUUAAAAUGUCAGUGUAACAUUAAACCCUUGUGUAUCCUCCCGUCGACUAUGCACCCAUGGUCCUCAGGAGUCAAAAAGGACCCCAUGACAUUAGACUGGUUUUAGGAUAUGUAGAAAA